AAAAGCGGCUGCAGAGGAGGAGGCGAGGGUUACUCCAUAAUGCUCGGUGGCAGGGAAGGUUAGCCAGGGACCAUAGUGAUUUGUACGGCUGCGGGAAGAUGCGUGUGCUUGUUGCUUGUUCGAUGGAGAGAGGUGGCGAAAGAAUGAGUUCCCACUACAGCUAACGCUUCAAACCAAUCUUCUUCUUUUUUUCUUUUUUUUUUAAUUUUUACAAACCAACUUUUUACGCGUACGCAUUAAAACUGAACUUUUCUCCGGGUUCGAAUUAUCUAAGCGCAGCCACGUUAAUUGGCGCUUUAUUAUGAUUUCCACGCGCACGCCAAUUAGGAUAUAAUCUGUUAUUUUGCGCGUCGUUUCCUUUAUUAAUUUAUUUAUAUAUUUUGCAUUUAUCCAGGACUUGUGCACAUUUAAAGUAGUCCUGCGUAUUGCGUCUCCAUCCUCCGGUCUCCACUCUGACUCAGCAGCAGCCCUAGCAGCAGCAGCAGCAGCAGCCAGCAGCAGCAGCAGGAGCAGGACUCACCUGGACCGGAGCGCAAGGACCCCCGUCUCCUCCAUGCAACCUGCACAGCGUCGCGCUUAGACGCGGGGAAGGCUGCGCCAAAGCACGGUGUGGCUCUUUCUAAAGGAGCCGUAUACGCUCGGAUCAGAGCUCUGUGCAAGGAUACAGCCACCAGGAGCCAUACCUCCUCAUCCCCAACGUAAAGGAUUCAGAGAGAGAGAGAGAGAGACAGAGAGAGAAGGAGCGCGCACCAGAGAGAAAGAGGGAUCCGGAGAGAGAGAGAUUUUUUUUUUUUUUAUGAACCAUCUCUUUCCGUUGCAUUUGACUUGUUUCAGCAAAACAAGGGGGAUUUCUGGAAGAAAGCGUGGAGUGAAAAGAAGAAGACAAAUCAUAGCUUGGAUAUUGACCGGAGCGGGGCAUGUGGAUAUUGGCUUUUAUCUUUUCCCAGUGCAUCUUGAAUGUUUUCGGUGAAGAUUUACGUUCCAGCUUAUAUUUUGUCAAUGCAUCUGUGCAAGAGGUAGUGUUCGCCAGCACCACAGGGACCGCGGUGCCCUGUCUCGCCACCGGCGCGCCGCCCAUCUCCCUGCGCUGGUACCUGGCCACCGGCGAGGAGAUCUACGACGUGCCGGGGAUCCGCCAUGUGCACGCCAACGGCACGCUCCAGAUCUUCCACAUCCCCCCGUCCAGCUUCUCCAAGCUCAUCCACGACAACAGCUACUACUGCACGGCCGAGAACCCCUCGGGGCGGAUCCGCAGUCAGGAUGUCCACAUCAAGGCUGUCCUACGGGAGCCCUACACGGUCCGCGUGGAGGACCAGAAGGCCAUGAGAGGCAAUGUGGCCGUCUUCAAGUGCAUUAUCCCCACCUCGGUGGAGGCCUACAUCACUGUGGUGUCAUGGGAGAAGGACACCAUGUCAAUCAACGCAGAGAUGUCACGGUUCCUCAUCACAUCCACGGGGGCGCUGUACAUCCUGGACGUGCAGAUGGAGGACGGCCUGUACAACUACCGCUGCAUGACCCGCCACCGCUACACCGGGGAGACGCGCCAGAGCAACAGCGCACGCCUCAUCGUCUCCGACCCCGCCAACUCCGCCCCCCACAUCCUGGACAGCUUUGAGCGGCGCGAGGUGAUGGCGUCCCACCGCGUGGAGCUGCCCUGCAAGGCCUCUGGCCACCCGGCCCCCAAGUACCGCUGGCUGAAGGACAACCGGCCCCUGGAGCCCGACACCCGCUUCCGGCAGAGCGUGGCGGGCCUGCUGAUCGAGCGCGCCCAGCCCACCGACACGGGCGCCUACGUGUGCGAGGUGUGGAACACCUACGGCAACGCCGAGGUCGUCGGGAGACUGCUGGUUAAAGAGCCCCUGAAGGCCGUGGUGAGCCCGAGGAAGGUGAAGGGCAGCGUGGGCAGCCAGGUGUCUCUGUCCUGCAGCGUCACCGGCUCCGAGGAGUACCAGCUGUCCUGGUACCGCAACGGAGAGCUCAUCUACCCCGGCAACAGCGUCCGGAUGACGGGCCAGAACCGGGAGAACCUGGUCAUGGGGGGCAUGGCCAAGAGCGACGGAGGGGCCUACCAGUGCUUCGCCCGCAACGGGAAGAUGUCGGCGCAGGACUUUGUGCAGGUCAUCCUGGAAGACGGCACGCCCAAGAUCCUGUCGUCGUUCAGCGAGAAGGUCUUCAACGUCAACGAGUUUGUGUCGCUGGCGUGCACGGUGAAGGGCACGCCGGAGCCCCGCGUGGCCUGGUCGCUGGACGACGAGCCCGUGGUGAGGGACAGCCGCCACCGCAUCUCGCACUACACCAACGCCGAGGGCCACGCCGUCAGCCACCUGAACAUCAGCCAGACGCAGGUGCCCGACGGCGGCGUCUACCGCUGCGUCUGCAACAACUCGGCGGGCACCGUGUCCUACCAGGCGCGAAUAAACGUAAGAGGGCCUGCCAGCAUACGACCGAUGAAGAACCUCACUGCCAUCGCUGGGCGGGACAUGUACAUCCACUGUCGCGUCAUUGGCUACCCGUACUAUUCCAUCAAGUGGUACAAGGACUCCAACCUGCUGCCCUAUAACCACCGGCAGCGGGCUUUCGAGAACAACGGCACGCUGAAGCUGUAUGACGUGCAGAAGGACGUGGACGAGGGGGAGUACACCUGCAACGUGCUGGUGCAGCCGCAGCUUUCCACGCACCAGAGCGUGCACGUCAGCGUCAAAGUCCCGCCCACCAUCCACCCCUUUGAGUUCCCGCGCUUCUCCAUUGGCCAGCGGGUGUUCAUCCCGUGCGUGGUGAUGUCCGGCGACCAGCCCGUCUUCAUCAGCUGGCAGAAGGACGGCCGGCCCAUCCCGGCCAGCCUGGGCGUCACCAUCGACAACAUCGAGUUCACCAGCUCCCUGCGCAUCUCCAACCUCACGCUGCUGCACAACGGCAACUACACCUGCGUGGCCCGCAACCAAGCGGCCGCCGUGGAGCACCAGAGCCAGCUCAUCGUCCGCGUUCCUCCCAAAUUUGUGGUUCAGCCCAAGGACCAGGACGGCAUCUACGGAAAGGCCGUCAUCCUCAACUGCUCUGCGGAGGGCUACCCUGUUCCCACCAUCCAGUGGGAGUACUCUAAAGGUGCUGGGGUGCCCCAGUUCCACCCCAUCGCCCCCAACUCGGGCUUCCGCAUCGAGGUGCUGGUGAACGGCUCUCUGCUGAUCAAGCACGUGCUGGAGGAGGACAGCGGCUUCUACCUUUGCCGAGUCAGCAACGACGUGGGCGCCGACGUCAGCAAGUCCAUGUACCUGAACGUCAAGAUCCCGGCCAUGAUCACGUCGUACCCCAACACCACGCUGGCGACGCAGGGCGAGGAGAAGAAGAUGAGCUGCACGGCACACGGUGAGAAGCCCAUCAUGGUGCGCUGGGAGAAGGAGGAGCGCAUCAUCAACCCGGAGACCAGCCGCUACGUGGUCACCGUCAAGGAGGUGGCCGACGAGGUCAUCUCCACCCUGCAGAUCAUGCCCACGGUGCGGGAGGACUCUGGCUUCUUCUCCUGCCACGCCAUCAACUCCUUCGGGGAAGACCGAGGGAUCAUCCAGCUCACAGUGCAAGAGCCCCCGGACCCCCCUGAAGUAGAGAUCCGGGAGGUGAAGGACCGGACCAUCGCCCUGCGUUGGACCAUGGGCUUCGACGGCAACAGCCCCAUCACAGGCUUCGACAUCGAGAGCAAGAACAAGUCGGCCUCAUGGGACACGGCGCAGAAGACCAAAGACGUGUCGCCCCAGCUCAACCAGGCCACCAUCAUCGACCUGCACCCCUCCUCCACCUACAACAUCCGCAUGUUCGCCAAGAACCUCAUCGGCAAGAGCGAGGCCAGCAACGAGCUGACCAUCACCACGGACGAGGCCGCUCCGGACGGACCCCCUCAGGAGGUGCAGCUGGAGGCCUUCUCCUCCCAGAGCAUCCGCGUCUCAUGGAGGGCCCCCAAGAAGCACCUUCAGAACGGGGCCAUCAAGGGCUACCAGGUGGGCUACCGGGAGUACAGCUCCGGGGGCAACUACCAGUUCAGCGUCAUCAGCAUGGAGUCCACGGGGGACAACGCCGAGAGCCUGGUCCUGGACAACCUCAAGAAGUACACCCAGUACGGGGUGGUGGUGCAGGCCAGCAACAGCGCCGGGACGGGGCCCUCGUCCACCGAGGUGGCCUCCACCACGCUGGAGGACGUUCCCAGCCGGCCCCCGGAGAACGUGCAGGCGGCGGCCUCCUCCCCAGAGGUCAUCUCUCUCUCCUGGCUGACCCCAUCCAAAGAGGCCCUGAACGGGAACCUGAUGGGGUUCAGGGUCAUCUACUGGGCCAACCUGCCCGAUGGAGAGCUGGGCGAGAUCCGCAACGUGACCACGGCCAACCCCUCCCUGGAGCUGGACGGGCUGGAGAAGUACACCAACUACAGCAUCCAGGUGCUGGCCUUCACCAGGGCGGGCGACGGCGUGCGCAGCGAGCAGAUCUACACACGCACCAAGGAGGACGUUCCUGGACCCCCGGCCGGCGUGAAGGCCGCUGCAGCGUCCAACUCGGUGGUCUUCGUGUCCUGGCUGCCCCCCCUGAAGGUCAACGGCAUCAUCAGGAAGUACACCGUCUUCUGCUCCAACCCACAUCCUACGGUGAGCAGUGAGUUCGAGGCCGCGCCCGACAUCUUCUUCUACCGCAUCCCCAACCUGUCCAGGAACCGGCAGUACAGCAUCUGGGUGGUGGCGGUGACGGCCGCGGGCCGCGGGAACGCCAGCGACAUCAUCACCGUCAAGCCAAUGGCAGAGGCGCCGGCCAGGAUCCUGACCUUCAACCGCACGGUGACCACCCCCUGGAUGAGGGACAUCGUGCUGCCCUGCAAGGCCGUGGGAGACCCCGCCCCCACCAUCAAGUGGCUGAAGGACAACAAUGGAACCCCAGCGCCUGUUGUGAUUGACAGCCGACGCAGCGUCCACGGCAACGGCAGCCUGGUCAUACGCACGGUGAAAGCCGAGGAUUCUGGGAACUACACCUGCGUGGCCAGUAACAGCUUUGGGCCGGACAAGAUCAUCCUGAACCUGCAGGUCCAAGUUCCACCUGACCAGCCCCGCCUCACCGUGACCAAGACCACCACCACGUCCAUCACCCUCUCCUGGAUCCCAGGGGACAACGGAGGCAGCUCCAUCAGAGGCUACAUCCUCCAGUACUCGGAGGACAACAGUGAGCAGUGGGGGAACUACGCCAUCAGCCCCAGCGAGCGGGCCUACCGCCUGGAGACCCUCAAGUGCGGCACCUGGUACAAGUUCACCCUCACCGCCCAGAAUGCAGUGGGGCCAGGGCGCAUCAGUGAGAUCAUCGAGGCCAAGACCCACGGGAAAGAGCCCCAGUACUCCAAGGAGCAGGAGCUGUUCACCAGCAUCAACGCCACGCGCGUGCGCCUCAACCUGAACGGCUGGAACAACGGCGGCUGCCCCAUCAGCUCCUUCACGCUGGAGUACCGGGCGGUGGACUCGCCCACCUGGACCACGGCGCAGCGCACCUCGCUCACCAAGAGCUACAUCCUGUACGACCUGCAGGAGGCCACCUGGUACGAGCUGCAGAUGAAGGUGCACAACAGCGCCGGCUACGCCGAGAAGAGGGUCAAGUUCGCCACGCUGAGCUACGACGGCAGCACCAUCGCUCCGCUGGUGAAGGCGCCCAACGUGAGUGCGGGCGUGGCCAGCAGUGGCGACGGGCUGAAGAUGAUGGUGACCAUUUCCUGCGUGCUGGUGGGCAUCGUCUUCAUCUUCAUCGGCCUGCUGGUGCUCCGGCGGCGGAGGAGGGAGCAGAGGCUCAAGAGACUGCGAGAUGCAAAAAGUCUGGCCGAAAUGCUGAUGAGUAAAAACACACGUCCCGCCGAGCCAAUCAACAAGCAGCAGCAGACCCUGCGAAUGCACAUCGACAUCCCCAGAGCCCAGCUCCUCAUCGAGGAGAGGGACACCAUGGAGACCGUUGACGACCGCUCCACGGUGCUGCUCACAGACAACGACUUCGGGGAGACCCAGAAGCAGAAGUCGUCCACCGUCACCCACACGGUCCACUACCAGUCCCUGUCCCAGGCCACAGGGCCGCUGGUGGAUGUGUCUGAUGCCAGACCAGGCACCAGUAAGUCCAGGUCCAAAAUUAACACCUGCCACCAGCCAAUGGCAGAUAGAUUUGACCAUUUGGCAGACCCCACCGCCCGACGCACCGCCAAGCCCGGGCCCGCCGCCCGCAACCGCUACGCCAGCCAGUGGACGCUGAACCGGCCCCACCCGCCCGUCUCCGCCCACACGCUCAGCACCGACUGGAGGCUGCCCACCCCCAGGGUGGCGGGCUCCGUGGACAAGGAGAGCGACAGCUACAGCGUCAGCCCCUCCCAGGACACAGACCGCGCCCGCAGCAGCAUGGUGUCCACGGAGAGCGCGUCCUCCACGUACGAGGAGCUGGCGCGCGCCUACGAGCACGCCAAGAUGGAGGAGCAGCUGCGGCACGCCAAGUUCACCAUCACCGAGUGCUUCAUCUCGGACACGUCCUCGGAGCAGAUGACGGCGGGCACCAACGACUACACGGACAGCCUCACCUCCAGCACGCCGUCCGAGUCGGGCAUCUGCCGCUUCACCGCCUCGCCGCCCAAGCCCCAGGACGUCAGCCGCGUCAUGAACAUGGCGGCGCCCAAGGCCCACAGACCGGGUGGCGAGCUGGUGCACUUGCCGCCGUAUCUGCGCAUGGACUUCUUGCUAAACCGCGGCAUGACCUGCUCGGGGUCGUCCAGGGCCACGUCGAGCGGCGAGGGCUCGGCCAUGGGCCAGGCGUGCCUGGAGCCCCAGAAGAGCCGCUCGCUGAAGAGGCCCUCCCGCAUGGCUCCUCCCACGCCAUCGGAGCCGCCGCCGCCGCCGCGGGCUAGCAGCAGGGACCCAGUGGCCCAGUGGCAGCCCGGCGCGGCCGCCACGCUCCCCCACAGGGAGGGCUCGGAGCUGGCCCAGGCCGCCAAGCUCAGCACCUCGCAGGAGUCCCUGCUGGAUUCGCGGGGACACCUCAAACAGAGCAACAACCCCUACGCAAAGUCCUACACGCUGGUAUAACAGGAGGGGCCGGGGGUGGGUUGGGAGGUGGG